AUGGAGGUCCAUGGGUGCCGAGCCGUGGAAGGUGGUCGAAAAAGUAACGACCGGUUCAUUCGGAUAUCCCCAUUGGCGAGACAUCGCGAGAUUAUAGAUUUCGCCAGUUGUGAGCCCACGUCGAUGUCCGGACCGAGCAAUGAGGCCAGCCCAAAGAGUAGCGAGGAGCGUUGA